UCCAAUGCUCGCCGUGAUGCUGUAAUCGUCACAACUGGCCUUCUCUCCAUCUAAGAGGAUCGCUCAGUCGCCCUGCAAGUACGGCAUCCCUCCAGCUAUUUAUAGCUCUGACUGUCCCCAAAGCCUUGAUCGAACGUGUUGACUUCUCUGGUUCAGUCGAUGCGACUACAGCGAUCAAGCAACACGGACUGUUAGCAUCCACAUCACUGAACAAGACUACCAAACAUCGUUGUUGAUAUGUUGUGUGCAUGACAAUUACUUGAGCGCGGUGAGCGAUGUUGAUCUAAGGGACGCAGCAGUGACGAGCACAGCCCCGGUCGAGGCUUUCUCCCCGCAGACGACGAGCAGACGACACCAGCAGCAGACGUGAUUUCUCCCAUCAGCAGACGUUAAUGACUGAUCGCGUGGAUGAUCACACGUGAUGACAACUUGCAUCAAUAUGAUUUCUACAAGAGGAGUUUCGGUGCUUUUUGUGAUGUGUUUGAUAUACGUACAUACUUGUAGAGGAAAUAUUUAUCAUCAGCCAGUAAUGGCGACGCCUGGCUCUGUGAAAAUUGUCUGUCUCUUGGAUUUACAUCGCACGACUUCGGAUACAGAGCAUAACAUAUGUAAUACCCCGAACCCAUACGUUCUGCAAAUGGCUUUCGUUUCGUUGUGGAAGUUGGAUAAAAUGAUAAAACAGACUGGGUCACAAGCAGUUGGUAUUUCUGUAUACGACACCUGUGGAUCCAAGGAACGCGCAGUCCGUAUUCUCAGCUCAGCCAUCAGUGAUAGUGUUAAGCUUGGAGGUGUUAUAACGUAUACUUCCCCUGGUGUGACGUCAGCAGUGAAUGGUAUCCUACGUCACUUGAAUGUGCUGAACAUUGACAUAACCGAUGAUGUCAUGUCGUGCCGUGAAGAUAGCAGCUGCGUCAGUAUGUCUAUUGCGUCAAGAGCAAAGUCAGAGGCAGUGCUCGAGCUUACAAGACAUCUCAACUGGACCUAUGUGACCACCUUCUCACUCCCCAACACCCGGGCCUUAGCCGAGGAGCGUCUUUUUGCAGACAUGAUCUCCAUUGAUAAAGCGUGCUUGUCCGGACGCCAUGUUGUCAGCAACGUGCAAGACAUUACAAGCGCUGUCUCCCGAAGCACCUCGAACGGAAUUGUUGUCUUCACUGGAGAUGCAACUCUUGACGGCGUCUUUACCCUCACCCUUGAAAGACCAAAGACUGCAAUACUUGUAUCUAAAGAAUUAUUAUCAAGUAGACAUGACCAAGACAGUUACAUCGAAGUAACGAAUGAACCUGUAAACCUUGAGGGUUUUGAUAACUACCUCAAAACAUUUACGGAAAAUACAACCCUGCAGUGGAUUCGAGACACUAGUUAUUUCCAAGGAACGUGUUUAGUGGCAGGAAGUGACGUAACAGCCAUGAUAUCCUCCUGCAUCAAGUCAGAAUCAAGUGCCGGGGCCUUGGCAAUGUCGGACGCAGUAGGGGUGAUCAGCGGGGCGCUUGCGACCGCAGUGAAUAUGUCCUGCUCGCAAUAUGAUGUUCUGACGUGUCCUGCAUUGUCCAUGGCCGUCACGCCAGUGACCCUCAGACAACGUGCUCGUUAUACACAGAGGUCUGGAGAGCAUGAACACCUGUUGGUGGAACAGAAUACACGAGUUAUAAUUGCUUCUACAUCUCCGUGGCCCGUGAACCUGACAGAGGUCCAGACGAAGCAUGGCCGUCUCCAACUUCCGCUGUCCCUGCCCGAGAUGUUCUACAACUCACACUGUCACGGCUUCUGCUCCGAGUGUGUCAAGUGCAAGCCACUGAUAACGUCCAAUGAGAGAGUCGUGGUGGAAGAGGGAACGCUGUACAUCGUCGGAGUAUUUCCCAUCCACAAGUCAACAUCCGGUGUAGCAUGCGCAGAUCCCAACAUUCCAGGAUUUCGAGCAGCCCAGGCGUUCACUGCGGCAGUUGGUCAAAUCAACUCAACAGGUCUCACGAAGGAUCUUCCGGCUGGUGUAUCAAUUGGAUGGGUUAUGUUCGACUCUUGUGGCGACACGACCUGGUUUGAGAGAAAGCAUCAUGAGAUUGACACAUGCUUGUAUAAAUAUAAGGAUGCCAACGAAAAAGAUGUCAUCGUUCAGCCAGCGAGAACAAUUGCCUAUAUCAAUCUCGGUGGAAACAGAAACCCACCAACUUCAUCGCCAACAGCAAUUGUAUCAAAUUACGGUAUCGGUAUGAAUGGGGAGGCUGCUCAAUAUUACAUCGAAGCAGUCAUAUCUACUCUUCUUAAAGUGAAAUGGACAUAUGUAUCCCUCAUACAUUCAAACGACGACCAUUCAUCCAACAUGUUAGACCUUCUGAACCAGAAACUUCCCCAAACACCGAUCUGUUUCGACAGGGUGUAUAACAUCUCCAAGGCAGUACCAGCAUCCAGUGCUAUGAGGAAAGCAACAGCUGACACUGAAACUGUCAUCCUUCUCACGAACACCACAGACACCGAGAUCAUCCUAGCGAGCCUGUCACCAAGUGGGAGAAAGUAUCGCCUGGUGAUGUUCACAUGGAACGUGGGAGUACUCUCUGGCAUGAAUCUCAGCUCCGUCGUGGAGGAGACUCUCGUUGUGUGGCCUAAAUCAGUGACAAGUUCCCUCGAUGACGUAAUGGACAUGUCUGGUAAUCCAUGGUUCGAAGGUUUUCAAGGGUCUACAAACAUCUCAUCCAGUUCCAAGUUCUUUGCAGCUCAAGAAAUGGCUGAAUCCUCUCUUAUAUUUGAUGCGGUCAAUGCUCUUGCUAGGCAGAUUAACUCGGCCUACACAAUGCUGUGUCCGAGCAGGGACGGUCUUUGUGAUGCAUUCGCUGACUUUGAGAAUGUGAAGUCACACAUCCAAUCACAAGAAAAUGCUAUUCGGGCACAGUAUGAAAUCUCUGUUCAACGUUUUCUCAUCGACGGAACAAUUGUAUCUAAAAAGAUCGGCACAGUUGGAACAGACGGUGACGCCAAACUCAUCUUGGACGGAACAGCAGUUCUUCCUCACACGAGCGAAUGUGAAGGAUGGUGUCCAAGAUGUCAACGCUGUCAGGGGGAACCUUCUCCUACAAACAGAUCUCUGUAUCUACCUGGGGAUGUCAUAGUAGCGGGAGUCCUCCCCCUCAGGAACAGCGACAAAGGAGGCCUGCAGUGUGGGGGGCUGUCCACAUCAGUUGAAUCCGAACAAGUGGUUGAAGCGUUCAUGUUUGCAGUUGAGACCUUCCCCAGGCGCUACCCGUAUCUCCUGCCCAAUGUGAAAGUUGGGGGUCUGGUGAUAGACUCCUGUUCAGAUGCAAACACCGCAGUUCAGAAGGUUGUGAAUUUUGAGACGUGCACAACAACGUUCAACACCAACGCUGAUGCUCCUCCACAUCCUUCCCAGACUCUCGGCUACCUUCUCCACGGCAGCCAGGGUGAUGUGCAACAGUUGGAGCAGUGUGUGUCCGCAGUCGAUAAGUUAGCCGUUGCCACUGUAUCAGAUUGGGGACAAAGUAGCACCAACACCAAGUCUUACUUAACCAUUGACUACGAAGCCAGAAGCGAGGUAUCAGCCAUUGUGCAAACAUUAACCUUCCUUAACUGGACUCAGGUAGUAUUAAUCAUUUCUGACAAGGACGUUUUCAGAUUGAAGUCAGACCUUCUUUUAUCUCAAACCGCCGCGAAGUCAAUCUGUGUCUCUAAACUUGUACGGUUUAAUGGAACAAUCCUCAGCUCAUUACAAUACGCAACAAGCCAGCUUACCCUAACUGGAUUUGUCCCCAUAGUAGUGAUGGCAUCGAAAGAAGACACUGUGCGCCUGUUCCAGGAAGGCAGUAUAAAGAGAGUUCCACGUACAUGGCUCAUAAGCACAUCGGCUGCAGACUGGUCAGUCCUUAGUGAUCUGAACGUCCCCACAGGCACACUCCUCUUGGACAGAAACGGGAAACAGAGUCCCGCCUUCGCCGACUUCUACUCCAAUAUGAUGGUAAGACAGAACGCUUCAGCUUGGUGGCAACAGUACUGGGAGGACAAGAGCAGAUGUUCUCUCACCGACACAUCUCCGUUUCUGCAACCCUGCUCGACAUCCUCCGAUGAGAGACCGAUACCUUCCCAGCUUGCCACGAGGAUCAUACUCGGUGUUGACGUCAUACUGCACGCGGUGCACAAUCAGUACGUGACGUUAUGUGACCAGAAGAAGGGGUUCUGUCGGCGCUUCGCUGAUGAGGGUGUUGGACGAGUCCCAGCUUCGGCUAAAGCCGUGGCAUUUGAGUUUGAGGACGAAAUUGUCAAGUUUGCGGAAUCUGGGAAGUUGGUGUCAUCGUACAGCCUCCUCAGCGUGCACCCCCGGGGAAGAGUGAAGGUUGGAGAAUGGCGGAGUGGUCAGCUCCUUCUGGACGCCAGCAAACUCUACUACAUCGACGGACAAUCCUCUGCCAACGUUGCUCAUUGUCACAGUAAAUGCAUCUGCCUCAACAACGUCACCUCCAACCGCAACAUCACACCGGCAGACGCAGUUUUCUACGAAACCUCGGGAAGAUUUAACGGGGAGCUGUGGGCCACAAUCAUCGUCACCAUAUCAGCAGCAGGAGCCUUCGUCACCCUCAUCCUCAUCUUCUACGUCAUCUACAAAGUCUGCGCAGGCGCACUAGCCAAGCGUUACGUCGGACUGGGUCUCCUCCUCCUCAUCGGGGUUCUCAUCCUCUACUUGGCUGUUCUACCGUUUGUGUUCACUCCCUCCAAUACAGUCUGUGGCCUACGGUUUUUCGCGCCAGGUUUUACAUAUUGUUUGUGCUUUGCUACCGUCCUUGUUAAAAUGACCUCCAUCCGGGACUAUAAGCUGAUUGGUUUAGGUGGGGAGGUGUCCAAUCUGAACCAGUUCUUAUCCGUAUUUUUCGUCACAAGUGUCCAAAUUGCGAUUGGGGUUCAGUACUGGGUUUUAAAAGCGCCUUUCGUCACAGAAAAAUCCACCGGAUCUCAGACAUUCUACGCAUGCGCAUUCCAGCGGAGCGAGUUCCUUGUGUAUUUGGUGUACGUCAUGUUCGUGCUCGUGCUCAGCUCCAUAUAUGGAAUAGGGGUGCGCAAAGAACAAAAAAACAUGGGCGAAGCACGUCUCCUCUUAACGAGCAGUUGGUUGUGCGUGUUUGUGUGGGUGGGGUGGACAGUGGUGCUCAUGGUCCUGGACGUGACGCUCAUAGAGCCAGUGAUCAGCGCAGGGAUCAUGGCGUGCGCAACUCUCAUGCUCACGGUCAUUUUCAUUCCAAAAAUACAUAUGGUCGCUAGACUGAAAUAUGAUGUCUCCAAACAAACAACUUCCAUGCAGAACGGAUACAAGGUGGAUCCAGACUUUAUGUUCGAGAGGCCAUACUCUCUGCCAGGAACCUUGACGAGUUCCUACUCCUCGGUGAAAACCUACCCCAAAAGCAUUGAACAUUUUGACUCGUCACUGAGUUACUAGUCAUGCCAGUAAACGCUACAGCUUAGUACAGGCUACAGUGAAACCUCGUUAGUCCGGAAACUGGUUAUGUGAACGCCCCCUCAACGACAACAUUUGGGAAGAUCUUGAAAUAUGAAGGAACCAUGUAACUACGAUUGGUUAACCGGGCACCUGUUGAUCCGGACUCAAUGGGAAACGUACGGUCCGGAUGAAGGGGUUUCGUCGUAUGUGAAAACAAACACUCAAACGGUGAGAUAGAGACUCGCUUUUCAAGUGCAAGGCCAGAAUUCUUGUCAUUUGUGUUGACGAUACCUCACUACAGCAACCGUGUUAUGUAUAAUCCACCUUUUGUAUUGUCAUAAAAUGUGUCUUCUAUUAUAUGUGCGUGGGUUCUCGAGAACCCCAGGCAGUUUCCAUACACCUGGCAUUGUGUAGUCAGUCAGCUGAUAAAGUACAUCAGCUUCUUUGCUACAUGUUUUUCUAUAACAUAGACCUUACUAUUGUACUUGAAAUAAGGGACGAAGGACUAACAAAGCAUUGUUCGAUUUCUUCACGCGGAUAAAAUGCCCAGAAUGCUUUCAAUUUAGCCUACUUGAGGCCAGAAUGCUUUCCAUUUAGCCUACUUGAGGCCAGAAUGCUUUCCAUUUAACCUACUUGAGGCCAGAAUGCUUUCAAUUUAGCCUACUUGAGGCCAGAAUGCUUUCCAUUUAACCUACCUGAGGCCAGAAUGCUUUCCAUUGAACCUACCUGAGGCCAGAAUGCUUUCCAUUUAACCUACUUGAGGCCAGAAUGCUUUCAAUUUAGCCUACUUGAGGCCAGAACGCUUUCCAUUUAACCUACUUGAGGCCAGAAUGCUUUCCAUUUAACCUACUUGAGGCCAGAAUGCUUUCCAUUUAACCUACUUGAGGCCAGAAUGCUUUCCAUUUAACCUACUUGAGGCCAGAAUGCUUUCAAUUUAGCCUACUUGAGGCCAGAAUGCUUUCCAUUUAACCUACUUGAGGCCAGAAUGCUUUCAAUUUAGCCUACUUGAGGCCAGAAUGCUUUCCAUUUAACCUACCUGAGGCCAGAAUGCUUUCCAUUUAACCUACCCGAG